AUGGUUGGGUCUCAGCAAAAGCCGCGUAAACAUGCACCCAAGCUAUUCCACAAAAAGUCUCGUACUGGUUGUCAGCAAUGCCGGAGUCGCCGUGUGAAGUGUGACGAGUCAAAACCUAUCUGCUCGCACUGCAGUCGUCUUGAACUAUCCUGCAUCUAUGAUCGCGCAGUUUCCGAUAGCAACUCAUCGUCUCCAACUGAGAAUGGAGGCCAACAACAAAACAAAAGCGUUGUAGAAACCAUUGUUGACCCUCCCGAAUCAGAAUCUCGAAGAAAACAAGAACUCAGUCUAUUUCAUCAGUACAUGACUGAUACCGGCCCAUCUAUUGCUCUGGAUCCUAUCACAGCUCAUUUCUGGGUAACGACCAUCUGUCGCCUGGCGCUUAAAUCCGAUGCUACGCUUUACUCGAUAUACAUGGUCGCUGCGAUGCACACCGACAAGCGCAGCAACUUUACUGAUACCAAAGCCCUCGAAACAAGCCAAACUUACCUCAACAUGACUAUCCGGGAGCAUCACAAGGAUGUUACUGAUAUCAACGCGGAAAACGUAGAGUAUAUCUGCUUGACCUCGAGUAUGCUGCGCGUCUACGGUUAUACUCGACUACAGCGUCGCUCGCUGGAACCUUAUACGCCUCCCGUGGACCUUUUGCGUAUUACAGGGACGAGUACUGCGCUCUUCCGCAACGCGUGGGAUAUCAUACGGGAUAACCCUGAGUCGGUAGUAUACCAGAUGAUCGAAAGUGCCGCGGAUCUUCUAGAGGACAACGAUAGUAAUGAACUACCCGACGAUUUAAAACCCUUGUUAAGCCGAGAGAAACCUCACGAGGUUGAAGAACCGUGGGAUGAAGAAACAGAAGAUGCAUACGUGAGAGCGCUGAGUCUCAUAGGACGCAUACGGAAUUUCAUGGAUAGGGAAAAUAUCAACAAGAGUAUUGGACGACGAACUAUUGUUUUCCCUAUGAUGAUGCGCCCGAAGUUUGCGGAUCUGGUGGAGGAGCUUCGUCCGAGGGCGCUUGUUAUUCUUGCGUAUUACUUUGCUCUAUUGUCCAUGUUGAGUGAGUUUUGGUGGAUUGGGGAUUCGGGUGUUAGAGAGAUUAGAGCGAUUGAGAAAAUUUUGCCAGAUGAAUGGCAGGAUUGGCUUGAGUGGCCAAGAAGUAUAUUGCAGUUUCAAGAUACUGUGAUGGAUGGUAAUGUAUAG